AUGAUUGACAUCGAAACCAGUCGCACGUUCACAUUUGAGGCAUUCAACAAGGAAUGCAAUCGAUACGCGAAUUUCUUCCAGCGACGACGCGCGCGCCCAAAGGGCAUCAUUACCACCCGACUACUUGAGCCAGCACUCUACGAGACGAUCACCGAUAAACUGCUUGACUGUGAUGGAGCGGACCUGUAUGUUAUUGGGAAAUCCGGAGACAACUCUCGUUUCAUCUAUCUAACCGAAAAAUUGAAUGCUCAACGAACUGUCGAACCACGUCGGUUAGAUAAGGUCAAUUUCAAAAGUAUUUGGUGCUAUAUUUACACGAGUGGUACGACAGGAUUGCCAAAAGCUGCCGUCAUGAAGCAUUUUCGGUAUUACUCGAUGGUGGUCGGAGCUGCAAAAUCGUUUGGUAUCUAUCCGUCAGACAGAAUCUACGUGUCAAUGCCGAUUUACCACACUGCAGCGGGAAUU